GGCGAGCGUCGCAAAUGGAUGAAAGAGUGUGCUGCGGUCGUGUGCGAUUCGCGCAGUGAUGUGAAUCAUGGCUUCUCCGGCGGAGCUUCCUGUGUGAUCGUCGCGUUGAUCUGUUCGUGUGUUGUCGCUACGUGUUGUGCGAGCCCUGAUCGCGAGAGGAGAAACUGUGCUUUCUUUCGCCGCUAUCAUUUGUAAUAUUAGUGCAGCCUGUGGAUAAAAUGAAUGAAUAGCCAAGCGAGUGCGAAGGACGGGUUACGUGAGCACCAUUGUCACAGCCGAGAGCGCUUCGCGCUAGUCGCUGCUUUUUUCGUGGAACUGCGACUCGCUAUGGUCUCGUCGUAGCGCUGCACGACCGCGAUUGAUGCGGCAGCAACGAUGGGCCUCGGAUACGCGAGCGUCGGAUGCUGCUCUAGGCCUAACAAAGCUCUCUGUGUGGGACAAAGGCGUACUCCUCUGACAGCUGACUGCCUGCAACGGCGAGUCUGACGCGUCGGGAACGCGUGCAGUCUUAUACCAUGGAGACGGUCGGAGAGUUCGAGUACAACACCAAGGAUUUGAUCGGCCACGGCGCCUUCGCGGUCGUCUACAAGGGCCGCUACAAGGCGAAACCGGAGCUGCCGGUGGCCAUCAAGAGCAUCACCAAGAAGAACCUGGCAAAGUCUCAGAAUCUCCUCGGCAAGGAAAUCAAAAUUCUCAAGGAGCUGUCCGAGCUGCAUCACGAAAACGUGGUCGCCCUGCUCGACUGCAAGGAAACUGCCCACCAUGUUCAUCUCGUCAUGGAGUACUGCAAUGGGGGAGACUUGGCGGAGUAUCUCUUGGAGAAAGGCACGCUGAGUGAGAAUACCAUCCGCCUCUUCCUGAGGCAAAUUGCCGGCGCCAUGCGGGCGCUCAACGCCAAGGGCAUCGUUCACCGAGACCUGAAGCCGCAGAACAUCCUGCUCUGCCACGGGCCGCGGCCCAAGCCGGCGCCGGCGGACAUCACGCUCAAGAUCGCCGACUUCGGCUUCGCGCGGUUCCUCCAGGACGGCGUCAUGGCGGCCACGCUCUGCGGGUCGCCCAUGUACAUGGCGCCCGAGGUGAUCAUGUCCCUCCAGUACGACGCCAAGGCUGACCUCUGGAGCAUCGGCACCAUCGUGUUCCAGUGCCUCACGGGCACGGCGCCUUUCAAGGCCCAGACACCUCAAGCCCUGAAGCAGUUUUAUGAGAAAGCAACAAACCUUGCUCCCAGGAUACCAUCGGGAACAUCUCGUGAACUGCAUGAUCUUCUGAGCAGGCUUCUCAAGAAGAAUGCUAAGGACAGAAUGGAUUUUGAUGCAUUCUUCUCACAUCCGUUCUUGAAAACUGUGGCCAAACUGAGUUCUCCCAUGCCGGUGCCAUCGAGGCGGUCGGCAUCUCCUCCUGACGUGGGAGGCGGAGCAGUGGCGCCUCCUGCAGGGGGCUGGGGCUCUCCCAUGUCGGGACAGCUUCCCCCGUCUCCACAGGGCUGGUGUGGGGAAGACUUGGGAGGCUCGGGGGCGACACAGGCGGCUGCCCUCAAGAGUGCCUCAUCGUCCUCCUCCCCGGAAGAUCAGGACUUUGUCAUUGUUCCAGCUUCGAUUGGAGAAGAUCAGCAAAGCAGUGGGACUGGAGCUACUCGGUGGCCCUGCGAGGAUUCUGGCAGCACCCCGGCCAAGAAGAUGGCUUCGGGAGGCAAUGUGCCAGCAUCGCCAACGAGCCACGAGGGUUCACCCCGACCUUCGUUCCUGCCCGUACAGCAGCAGCAACAGCAGCAGCAGCAGCAGCAGCAACAGCAGCCACAGCAGCCACCCCAUCAGCCGCAGCCGAGAGCUCCGUGUGGCCCACGAACAGAGCCAAUUCCAGUGCCCUCUCAGAAGCGAGCCUUUGAGCAGAUGCAGCGCAGCGGAGGCAGCAGCAGCGGUGGUGGCGUAGCCACGACAACUGCCGCUCUGCCUUCCGAAGGAGCUGCAUCGCCGAACCAGAACCUGACUGGUGUCUCUUCAUCACCACGGCUGAUGCAGCUGGAGCGGAAGGACUCGCUGGGGUCGAACUCUAGCGACCUAGGGCGCAGGACGCCAGAUUUCUCCAACCUGUCCCCUCCUUCAGUGCAAUUCCACAUUGGGACUCCGCCCGGGGGUGGUCGUCGGCGCCACCUGAGUGGAGGAACCCCACCGAGGGUCAGGCACUCCAUACCCAUUGCCACCUCGGGCUCCCCCAUCCGGCGACACUUGUGCGGCAUGGCCAAUGUGAACCAGCUGGCGAUGCUGAAUGGCAACCCUCAGCAGCUGCCCCCUAUCCUCGGCUCACCGAUGGGUGGCCGCGAAGGUGAUCCUGGCUUUGGUCUCAACCUCAACAGCAUCCGAAGUGCAGCGUUGGCCACUCGAGCCAUGACGUUGCCAGAGAUGCGCAGAGACAGCAGCGGCGGAUCAGACCAACUGGAUGGUGGUCUUCACAAGUCGGGCAGCGCUGGAGGCAGGCUAUACGACCAUGGGGCGUUCCUCCGUGGAGCCAACCUGGCCUCGGAGCAGGCGGCACUCGGCUCGUACAGCCCGCCGGGCAGCAUGGGUGCAUUCUUUCCGGGCAGUGGUGACUGGCCGGGGGGUCGGCUGGGCUCACCCGGUGCCACAGCAGUGGCCCCGUGCUGCUUCCCUUUCGGCACCUCGCCGCCCAAUGGCGAGCCGCCAAACUUUGUGCCACCACCCGAGCUGCCCCAGGAGACUCUCUUGGAUCGGGAGCACAAUGAGACCCUGGCGAAGCUGCACUUCAUCGAUGCCCUGGUGGGUUGCAUCGUGGAACUGGCACGUUCCAAGGCAGAGCCCCUGGCCGCUGCCUUAACAGAGUCCAUGUACUGGCGUCAGUGCUGUUCGUCUCCCGAGGAGCAGGUGGCCCGUGCACUCGGCGAGGGCCACCGCCGUGCCGAGCAGCUUGUGCUGUACGUCCGUGCCGUGCAGCUGUUGGCAUCGGCGCUCAACCUGGCCCGAGACCAGGUGGCCCAGAGGCGACUCAGGGCUUCGUCGAGUGUGCGGCAGCUGCUGCGCGGCAUGCAGCAGACCCUGCACCGUUGCAUGGACUGGUGCCGACGGCUAUCCCAGCAGGGAGUGCUGCAAGCGUCGGCCUCCUCGGCACCCCCUCUCACGGCUGACCGGCUGCUCUACAACUAUGCCAUUGACAUGUGCCAGACGGCCGCCAUGGGUGAGUUGUGCGUUCACACAGAGGAGCACACGGGUGCCCUGGAUGGCACGUCAAGCGAACACAGUCGUGAUGCAGUCACCGCUACCCUCACAGAGUGCUUUCGGCGCUACCAGACGGCCCAGAUCUUGCUGCACAGUUUGGCACAGCAAGUGGAAAACGAGGACGACAGGGCACUGCUCAACCGAUACAAGGACGCUGUGGAGAAGCGGCUCCACUUGCUCCAGAGCGAAGGCCUUGUGUGGGCCUACGACUCGACCUGAAGAGGAAGGAGGGCCCCGGGUCGCCCUCCGGUGGCCGUUCCAUCGGCCGCUCCUUUCUGUGCUCCUCGUCCACUCCCCUGUAGUGCGCUUGUGCUGCUGCCUGCCCCAAGUACUGUCCUUGAUGGUGGCUGUGAACUUUGCGACCUUGUUCUAUGCCUUGUUUGUUUCAUCUCCACUCAUCGGAUUUUUUUUUUUUUUCCUCACCUUCAUUGUUCUGAGAACUAAGCCUUUCUUCACGGACUUUAAGAAGUCGCUCGUUCACGACUCAUUCAUGUUUUACUUUGUAAUUUUUGCAUUCCCCAUUUGUCAUCAUAGCCAAAAGACAAAAAAAAAAGAAAGAUUGCUGCACAACUAUCACCUUCUUACAUUUGGACGGCUCCUUUAUUUCUGUAGCUUGCAGGCCCUGGAUCUUGUUUCUGUGCUACAUUGUUGCAGUCGUGAGAUUUCCACCGAAAGGGAUCAUAAGCAAGAAAGUCGCCCUUUUUCAUCUGCAUUUCCCAUACAAGAUCCCUAAAGUUGUGAAAUAGCUGCUCAUGUGAGCUGUUUGCAACAGAGGGAUUUGUGCUGCUACUACUCCUGCUACUAUAAGGAUGUCAUCAUGCACAUUUAAAGAAGCUCUACAGCAAUUGUUGGCUUCCUCCCACUUCUGUUACUGAGCUGGACUAACAAAUUUUAUUCUUACGGAGUUAACUGCGCAGAUUUAUUGCACCAGUCAACAUACAAAUAGUACGCCCAUCUACCUAGGCAUUGUGUGUGCCAACUGCACAUUUUGUGUCCUCUAUCCUUGGCAUAUCUUUUCCUAAACUUGCACCACGGUUGUUCAUUUGCAACACUCGGUUCAUUUCGCGCUUUCAGCCAUUCUCACCACGCACUUUGCAAUCGCAUAGUUUGUGAAGUAUCAAUUAUCCUUUGGUGCCUGGUACUACUGUUAGGCCUCGUUGCAAUAGAAGUAGACAAGCCUCCAGCAACUCCUGUUGCUGUCAACUCGAAGUUGUGCAUCCAUGGCACGUAGGUGCUCCAGCUUUUCUUGUUUUCCCACUGCCUUCUGUCUUGGAGCCCUCUUAAUUUAUUUAGCAUGCUUAAGUUUUCCUCGAACUCGAGAGAAAGCUGUUCUAGGGAAGUUGUGAUAAAACCUUUACUUGCACGCGGCGAGCAGGCGGAUUGCAUCUGGCACUUGAUCAGCAUACAUCGGGAAAAAAAAGUUUCGCGCCCGUUGAAAUGUGCUUUUGUCACGUGGAAGUAAUCACCACUAUUUUUGCAUGCACUUUCAUUUUAAAGCCGUCUGCUGCUGGGUACUUCACAGUCAGUGAUGUGCCCAAUUAUGUGUAACAUUGGCAAAAAAAGAAAAAGGACUGGGUAUUAUUGAGAGCGAGUUGUAUGCAUAAUGGUGGCGGUUGUUACUGCAGGACAAGAGCUGACCUCGGAGAGAGAGAGAGUAGCCCUUGCUUUCUUUUUUUUAAGGAAUGUAGCUUGUGGACCAAUGUGCCCGUAGACGCAGACUUCCCAAUGUUGCGCCUAUGCCUUUCCCUGCUGCCAUGUCAAUGACUAGUCAGAUUUCCUGAAUGAGAAGGACCGAGAGCGGAUCCCCGAAUGCUGACAGAAGUCGACUUGCUAGAGUUUCAGUCCAAAAGCCAUGAGGCGAAAAACCGCGUGGCUGAAUGCUUGUCCCCCCACUACUUGAUGUGCCAAUUGAUAUCGCUUUUUUGCCAGUCAUUGCGUUUCAUUCCCACCCAUCUGUUUACCCCCAAUGUUCACUGCUGGUAAUAAGUUUUCCUGCCUAAUAAAUGCCCAUAGUAACAUAUAAGAAUACUCUGCCAGUUUGAACUCUAUUGUCCCCUUUGAGUUGGAAAAGUAUGUUCCACAUCCGAGACCAAGUACCUGAACCAAAGCUGCUUUCGUAUGUACCUUUCAUGUUGCAGUUGUCCAUUAAUCUUGCUUUAUUUGCAAAAACUGGACCUGCCUUUCUUUGCCUGAUAUGUCCAUAUUCAUAAUUUUUUCUUUUUAGGCGAGCACAAUUUUACACUCGUGUUUGGAGCUAGGAGUAUGUGCUCACAAUUUGCUUUUGAUGUGCCAUGGUGCCUUGGCACUAUGAUUGCAGCAUUGCAAGGCCCACAAGUUCUUGAGACUAAUUUUUGUCGGCUCAUUUUGAAGCCCUUUCGAACAGCUUUAAACCGUUCGGUUGCACUUCAUGGCUUUUGGCACUGUCGGGUUUGUGACUGUGAAGUGAGGAUGUGGUGUGGAAGGUACUGCCAUGUUAGAAAGCCUGUUCGUCAGAGAAACAGAUUUUUAAAAAUUUGUUUACCAUGCUGCCAUGGAAUGGUUGCACUGUCCACGCAAAGGCAUCAAUGAUAAUGGUGUCUCUUGUAGGAACCGCAACAAAUCAGCUUGCACAUAUUAUUUCUCAUGUUUUUUUUUUUUUGUCCUGUGUACUCCAAACCUUUGUUGCAUGCUAGUUGUAAUGAGGGGGUUUUGUCAGGCAUAAUCGUAUGUAUAUAUACUGAGUAGCUGCUUUAACAGAGGCUUGGGCAAGGUUGUCGUAAAGAGUGUGAAAGUGCUGGCCAUUUCCUGAACUGGGUGCAUGCGAGUGCGUUUGACCAAAAGCUGUACUGAUAACCUUGCAUGGGAAGAGUUCCAAGCGAUGCAUCUGAAAUGAUACAACUAGGAGACUGUGAGUCGUGCUUUUGUGGCCGUGCAAUGCUCUGGGGUCAGCAGUGUUGCCUUGAACGAAAGAUACUAUGGAGGCUUUUCAAGCUGUUAGUUUCUUUCCUUUCACGGCUACUGAGAUUUUCCAUGAGUAUGGGGAGAUUUUUCGCUGUCACGUUUAAGCUACACGAAGGGAGAUCAACUUCACUUGCAAAUGGCUCUCUUAUCUGGGCCAUCAACACUGGUGUCACUUUGCCAUGUGGUGAUUUGGGCUUGAGAAAUGGCCUCGAUGUGCUGAACGUGCUCCGCGAGGAUUGCUGAUGCGAGGCGCGUGCAGCAAACAUGUGGGCUGGCGGAAAGCAGCGUGUGUAUGUUAUUCAUGCUCUUGUAUCUACACCAUUGUAUAUCAAAGAAAUGAGAAAAAGACAAAAAGAAGGUUUCUAUAUGGAAACUUGAGCAACAAAAACCUUUCUGUUAUUCGUUUAUGCCAUUACUCUUAUCCUCUUCUGCAUGCUUUAGCUUGCAGGGCCACGUGGUUUUUUUGGAAUGGUUGUGUAGUGGACAUACCAAAGUGUGUAAGCAGUACGACAUACCGUAUCAUUUCAAGUGUGCCUGCUUUGCUGAUAGAGUUCAUUGCUGCAUGAUGUAUGUAUGAUGUGUAUAAGUUGCGGUUCAUUUUGGUAGACCUGUCUUUCAUUUGAAAACAGUCAUGCUGGCAGAUUUGGCUGUGCAACUAACGCUGCAUAAGUGCUCCCCAGCAAUGGAUGCCUUGCGGAGGAGCUCUGUUUGUGUGUAGACAGAUGACAGUUGGGCCAUUGUAGUGUGGAUUCACGAGAACGUUUGUAGAAAAAGCUCAGCUGUAUGUACAGGUAGUGGUGUUCCUAUGUUGCGAAGUUCUUGAACUUGUCAUCGUCUGUUGUGAAGACCUUACGAUGAUGUUCAUUGGACUUCAGUUCAUACUAGAAUAUUUUUAGCCUCGUGUACAUCGCCGGUAGCUCUGUGUACGAGUGCCGUAUCAUCCUAAUAGAGCUGUCAUUGUUGUUCCUUUAGUUAAAAUUGAGCGUGGGCCACUGAGUUGUCUUUUGUGGUGCUUAUACCAUUUUUUUAUGUUCAUGCCUACAUUAUGAUUUUACUUUGGAGGUCACCAGAGGUGUGUUUUCAUGUCUGCGUGCCUAGUGCGAUGGCCUAGUGUGUAAAAGCUAUUUCAUGACAUUGCUUGAUGCUUACAGAAGCAGCACGAUUUCAUGGCAGGCGGGUACUUUUGCAAAAAUAUGGUAAAACAAGCAAAAAAAUAAACAAUGUUGUAGUCUCUUUGUUUGUGAGUGUCUUGAAAAGUGUUGUGAUAUCUCCCUCUAGCUGCUAUACAUAAAACUACAAAUAAUGGGCAUGGUUGUGCACACAAAUAACGCUGUAUAGUGUAACUGAUACUGAACGUUGAAGAGGAACAAAAAAAUAAGAAUGUAUGCUAUACAGCCUUUCUCCUCACUGUCGAAAGUAUGCCUGCCAUGCAGAGGCCAGUUGGAAUCUGCAUGCACAGUGGAUGACAGUGCUUCUUUGUGAGUGGGUCUCGCUGUUCUCAAGGCCAGUCAUUUUCCAGAUGAGCACUUGCUUCCUACAUGUUGGUUCAUAGCCAGAAUUUCUCGCGCCCGCUCAGGUCAGUUGUCUAGUGCAGGUUGACAAAGGUGCUCUCAUUCUUUGCAUUGAGAACUCCAUGUGCAUUGCGAGCUGCAGCAUGCCUUGCUAGAAAGCUUGCCUUCGCUGUGAUCAUGCGACUUGCAAUUAUCAUGUUUUGCUACUUGCUCAGGGGUCUGGUGUCCGGUACAAAAUGUUUGGGACAGCAGUUUAUUACUUCUUGCCACUAAGGUGUGCCUCAGAUUCUGUCCUUUUUUUUUUCUUUGAGAUUUUCACAAAACUUAAUGCCCACAGAAGAAUUCUUGCUGCUUACCUUUCUUAUUAUGGCACUAAAUAGCAAUAUUAAGUUAACUUUCAUUGUUAUACCACAUCUGCCUCGUUAGGAGCCUUGUUAACCCCCAAGGGAUACAAAAAUGAAGCAGUUGGUGACACCACAUGCAAAUUAGGGCAUGCUGUCAAAGCCAAUCUGGAUUUUGGCAGCAUCUGCCAUAGCAUUAGUUAAUUGCCCACGACUGAAAGCAACUGUCCUGUAUUCUCAAGCAAGCAACGACUAAAUUUGGCAACAUUUCAGCACCAUUUCGCGUGUUUAAAGUGAACCGAAUAUGCGAAAUUUCAUACAAUUUGUGAUGCUGGACUCGCAUGGUCAGUGCAGCCGUUUAAAAUUCGAAAUCCAGGAGGGGAAGCUAGGACAGGUGACUUGAUUCCUCCACAUAAAAACAGGGUUUUAAAGAUGUAAUCCGCCAGUCUAGGCUGAUUUAGUUGUCUACUAUGCCCCUUUAAGAAGGCCUGUAUCUGAGCGCCCAACUGCCUCCUCUCUCUCACUAUUGCAUUUACCUUGAGUGCCAGACAUGUAGAAAUUCGUGCUUUUUUUAUGUUUUGCUACAUGCUCUGGAGGUGCAACAUAGAAAAUGUGGCUGGCCUUUACGAGAACCUGCUCGACACCCAAGUUCAUUAGAAACAAAGGGAGAACGAGUGAAUCACAUCAUGGUUUGGUUGAGCAAAGACACAUGGCCUUUCACUGUGCCGUAACUGUACAUAGCUGUGUAUACACGCGACAUCUUUUGUUUAUAGGAAGACUGUAUAUAGGCUUUGUUGGCUGCCACAUGAAAAAAAAAAAGAAAAAAAUAAUUGUGCUCUGUGGCACAGGACUUGCCAGUGCACUUGCUGGGGACAAGCUUAACUGAACAUACACAUCUGCUGGGCAGUUAGUAUAUAUAUAUAUAUACAUAUUUUCAUUCGUGUGAGUUACUUUUGUUGUAGUGUGUUUGUGAAGCGUGCAAUUUUAUUUUCAUUUUUUGUUCAUUAAUUAAUUUCCUUCGAAUGUGUGCAGACACACUUCGAAAGAAGAAAAAAAAAAGCAGGAAAAGCUAAAAUUUCCACUUUUUCUUUUUAAAUCUUGUACAGCCGUUUGUAAUAAAGAGUUUGUCUGCUGCCUGUAA